UAAAAAAAAUGAAGGAAAUAAUGAAAAAUAGAAAUGGAUUAAAGAUAGCUCUAAAAAACUGGUUGUAUCUCUAACAACCCGGUUGUUUAAUCAACCAAUAUAGGGGUGACUUGCAUAAAAAGAACAAUGUUGUAUGCUAUAGAACCCGGCUACAUGUAAUUAUGUAAAAAAGACCGGUUUUGUUCAUAGGAACUCGGUUAUAUUACAUUAGGACAUUAGCACUCGCCCACAACAAACCCUGUUGAAAACCAGGUUCUUAUAGACUUUUAACCAGGUCCUUUUACCUAUUUUGUACUAGUGAAUUUCGAAAGGCAAUGAGCAAUGUUUCUAUACAAAGCCCCAACUGAUGAGAUGGUCCGAUAAUGGUGGGGCUAGGAUGCGAUGAUGGGUAGGGUUGCGAUGGUCCAAUUAAAGCGUUAAGCAACUGCAAUGGUCCAACAAUCUCAAAAGCAAAUUUUGAUUCUUCUGACACACACACACAUACCCAUAGUUCCUGUAUGUUUAACUUCAUCUAUAAAUUCUUGGUCUCACCACACUAGUAAAUGGUGCGACAUACAGUACCUGGUAGGAAAAAAAAAAAAAAGAUUAACAUUCUUAUCAAAUUUUGUUCAAGCCAAAAUGUCAUCAAAUUGUGCAAAAGAAUUAUGGCAUCAGAGAAUCUUUUUCUCUAAUGUGGUGGUGACAAGAAAAAGGAACCUUUUUUGGGGACGCAAAUGGAGAUCCCUCGACAUCAAAAUGGCCAUUGGGAUCUUGCUUUUUCAUAUUUUGGCAUUUUUUGCUCCAUUUACAUUCACCUGGGAUGCUUUUUGGAUAGCUUUUUUUGGUUACAUUCUAACAGGGAUAUUCGGUAUAACCAUGUGUUACCACAGGCUUCUAGCACAUCACAGUUUGAAGCUGCCUAAAUGGCUCGAAUACACAUGCGCUUAUUUAGGUGUUCAAGCUAUCCAGAGGGAUCCAAUAUAUUGGGUGAGCAUCCAUAGAUAUCACCAUCAAUAUGUUGAAUCAGAAAAAGACCCCCAUACUCCCACAUAUGGAUUUUGGUUUAGUCACAUGGGUUGGAUCCUUGAUAGCGGCUUCAUUAUGGAAAAGUAUCAGGAACGUAAAAAUGUAGAAGAUUUAAAAAGUCAAGCAUUCUACAGGUUCAUCAAAAGAACUUACUUGUGGCAUAUAUUUGGAUUUGGAGCACUCGUUUAUGCUUGGGGUGGUUUCCCCUACCUCGUUUGGAUUAUGGGUGUUAGGAGCAUGUGGGUGUUACACAUGACUCUUCUGGUGAACUCGGCUUGCCAUAUAUGGGGAAAACGAGUUUGGAACACCAAUGAUUUGUCUAAAAAUAAUUGGUGGGUUGCAUUGCUUACAUUUGGUGAAGGAUGGCAUAAUAAUCACCAUGCUUUUGAGUACUCUGCUCGACAUGGGUUGGAAUGGUGGCAGAUAGAUCUGUGUUGGUAUGUGAUUUGUUUUCUUGAGUCCGUGGGAUUGGCCUCGAAUGUGAAAUUGCCGACUCCUGCUCACAAGUUUAAGAAAUCCUUUGUUUCUACAAACAAAUUCAGAUGAUUACUCUAAAAUGUUACCACCUAUGCAUCGAUUUUUAGUAAUAUAUAUGUUUUUUCCAUUUAAAUUGUUUAAUCUUUGAGUGAGAUUUUCCUACUUGUAAGAUAUUAAAUGCAUAAUUUGUGUGUGUUUUGUAUUACUUAAUCUAUGACAAGGACA